CACCUUGCCCAGUGCCAUCUUUGGGGGUGGAUAUAAAUAUCUGUUAAUGGACGAUGACUUGUGCGUUGCUGCGACAGCAACAGUCGCUGCUGUCAGGUUUGUUCACAUCACAGCAGAAAAGGUGAAAAUACAUAAAAGUUAUCGAUUCUCCUGGAAAAUAAUUUCAUUAGUCUUUUUCUUUUUUUUAAGAAACACCCCAGCCCUGGGGUAGAUGUGGAUAUCAUGAACAUUUCCUCCCUUUAGUUGGAGAUUUUCUGCGUUUUUGUGCGUAUUUGCGUUCUUGACAGUGUUGUUAUUGUUGCCACUAGAGGGCAGCUAAACCCAAGUGUUCAUUUCUGUCUUUUUCUAACAACACUGCAACGCAAACAGAUGAUUUGUAGGAAUUUCCGGACGUUAAAGAUUAAAACUUCCAGCUACAGGAGAGUUUACAGCAGCAAAUUUAGCAGAAAAAGACAUUUUCACGCAGGUAAAAGCACAAGUCUAGCAAAUUAUUUAAUCUGUCAGGUGAGCAUGUAAAUCAGAUACAUUUUAUUGAUCCCUCACUGCGGGAAUUUAUGUUAUUUACAAAUAUGUAAAGCAUCACAGUCGGUACCUCCUAUUAUUUAUGACACAGUUUUUCUGUUUUCUAAUUGUUUUUUUAAGAAUGUUGUGCAAAUGUGUGCAUCUUUCAAGGUCGAUAUUAGAAAUUUUUAACGAAACAGGUGAUUAAAAAGAAGAAAAAUCCUCCAUAGAAGUAAUUUGAACUUGUCUUACUUGGUACUUGAUAUUCCUGGAUGGGAAAAACUGACUUUUAAACGCCAUAUGCUGUGUUUAAUUAGGGUGAAGCUGCCCAAAAUGUACACUACCGUUCUAAAGUUUGGGUUCACCCAGACAAUUCCAUGUUUUCCAUGAAAACUCCCACUUUUAUCCAUGUGCUAACAUAACUGCACAAGGGUUUUCUAAUCAUCAAUGAGCCUUUCAAUACCAUUAGCUAACACAAUGUAGCAUUAGAACACAGGAGUGAUGGUUGCUGGAAAUGUUCCUCUGUACCUCUAUGGAGAUAUUCCAUUAAAAAUCAGCUGUUUCCUGCUACAAUAGUCAUUUACCACAUUAACAGUGUCUAGACUGCAUUUAGCAUUCAUUUAAUGUUAUUAUCAUUGAAAAAAAAAUGUUUUUCUUUCAAAAAUAAGGACCUUUCUAUGUGAUGUUAGUGUGUUAUGAUCCCUGCUCCAGGCUCUGUUCCUCUCCUACUUUCCUCCUCUUGUUCCUUCUUUCUUCCUCCUUGUUCUUCUGCUUCUAUUUUGACCUGUCUGUCUCCCUGUAUCUGUCUGUCUCCCUGUAUCUGUCUGUCUCCCUGUAUCUGUCUGUCUCUCUGUCUCUCUGCAUCUCCUGCCUGCCUGCUGUCUGAUUGAGACGAUGUGAUUCAGCGGCAGCAAUCAGCCCAUUCAACUCACCUGUUUCCAAGCAAACCUUCAGCUAUAUAAACCUCGUUCCUUCACUCACUGCUCUGCUGGACCGACUCUCUGCUUUCCUGCAGACUCUGAUCAUAGCUAGCUUCCAGCCUGCCAGAACCACACCUGGACUCUCAUCACCCUCCAUCCCUGGACACCCACUAGUCCCCUUUGUCUUCCACUUGCUGUCUACUUGUCUUGUUUUCCCCACCAGCUCCCAGAUCCCUCAUAUCUGCCUACCUUCCCCCUUGUAAGUAUUCUGUUUCAUUGCCUGCUUCAGUUUAUCCCUGUUUGGUUUUUUGGUAGUUUAUCUGUGGGUUUUGUAGUGUGGCUUAGUAUAGAUUUGGUUUAGUUUCUCCCCUGUUCAGUUUUCCUUUUUCUGUAUAUGUUUAGUUCCUCUUUUGUUGAAUAAAACCCUCUUCAUUUCCUUCCUGUCUGCUGUUUUCUUUGUCUGGGUUCUACAGCUCCUGCCGUAAUGUAGUGUAUAUAUGUGCAGUUUGAGGUAAAGUAACACAGAGAAAAGUGAAAAAUCUUGCCAGUACAACAGCAAAACAAAGGUAUUUUUGUCAUUCCAGAGUCUUCAGAUCAGUCACUUUGCAUUUCACUGCACAAACUGUAUAAGCAUGUGACAAAUAAAAGCUCUUGAAUCUUGCAGUUCCUCCAUCUGUGGCUGAGUGGAGGGAGGAGUUUGCUGCCAGGGUUUAAUCCUGAUUGAUGCGGACCUAAUGUGGCUUCAUUAAUCUCUUAAUCCUGGUUUCCUCGCGGCCCCCAAGGCUUCGACCCGCCGGCUGUGAACUUGUCUGACCCCUGCAGCAAAGUCAGAUGCCUCAUCGCUGCUGCUCCAGAGCACCUGCUGGAGCCAAAGAUGGCAAAACAAAAAGCAUCUACACGUUCUGUGUAUGGUGUCCUCUGGUGGCCGUGCUGGAGGUCCUCAGCUCUGCAGACAGCUGUUAACAGGUCCAGGUGCAGAGGUGGAUGCAUGUCUCCAAACAUCUUUAACUUACUGAGAGGUUGCAGACCGCCUCUUUUCCUCCUUCGGUCAAGACAUCCUGGAUGCUUUGUACUGGACAGCCACAGAACCCAAAGAGCGGAAAAGAGACAGUAUAGGAGUCAUCCCUCACUUCUUCAUGGCUGUCUUUUAUGUCUUCCUUCAUGCCAUCCUCAUUAUGGUCCAAGCCUCCACUCUUAACGUCGCCUUCAACUCCCACAAGUCCCUGCUCACCAUUAUGAUGUCUAACAAUUUUGUGGAGAUCAAAGGAAGCGUGUUCAAGAAAUUUGAGAAGAACAACUUAUUCCAAAUGUCUAACAGUGAUAUCAAAGAACGAUUCACCAGCUACGUUCUCCUGCUCAUCGUUUGUCUCAGGAAUAUGGAGCAGUUUUCGUGGAACCCAGACCACCUGUGGGUGUUGUUCCCUGACGUAUUUAUGGUCGUCACCUCUGAAAUUGCCGUUGACAUCAUUAAACAUGCUUUCAUUACAAAGUUCAACGACAUCACUGCAGAUGUGUACAGUGAAUACAGAGCCAGUUUGGCCUUCGAUCUUGUCAGCAGUCGUCAGAAGAAUGCUUGCACUGACUACAGUGACUCAGUGGCCCGGAGGAUGGGCUUCAUCCCUCUGCCGUUGGCUGUUCUGCUUAUCCGAGUGGUGAUGAGUUCAGUGAAGGUGCAGGGAGCCCUGUCUUACAGCUGUCUGGUCCUCUUUUAUCUCGGGCUGGUAACACUGAAAGUGUUAAACAGUAUUGUGCUGCUGGGGAAGUCGUGCGUGUACGUCAAGAGAGCCAACAUGGAGGACAAACUGUUUGAGAGGCCCGCACCUACCCCGUCCUCCUCUGCCAAGAGCCCCAGCAAAGCUGACCCUGCCAGAUGUUCAACACCUUCAGGUGAAUUUAAGAUGGAGCAGAUCCCUGCCACACCCUGCAGGCCUCCCUCCUCCUCCUCUGUGACCACACAGCCGGCCCCUAGGACUGAUCUGUUUCCUCCCCCCCCCACUGAUGACUCUCCUGUAAUCCCAACUAACCGUCCUCCUACUCCACUACCUGAAGCUGAACCUGAACAACCUGCGCCCUCACUCUCAAAGGAAGAGGAGGGGGAGACACAAGCAGCCUCUGAAAUGAAGCACAGGACUCCUAAAAAAGACCUGCUGGAGAUCGACCGCUUCACCAUCUGUGGUAACCGCAUUGACUGACCAGCGGCAGCCGUUGAUGUAGCGAUUAACCACUCAGGAAAGACGGAGAGCGAAGGCCUCCCAGGCCGGCUCUCCUGGCCAACAGCAGCAGAAAGCUGAGUAUUUAUUUAAUUCAGUGGCACUACAGUAAGUUAUUGUGAACACGGACACACGGUGUCAGACGAUCCUGCUGUUGUUGGAGCCUGAAGUUGACAAGCUUGACAAAGAAAACUUCAGCCGGCUGAUGAACAGCGGGUGACAAAGUGUGAGAGUGGCAGCCCAGUUGUUAGGAUGAACUGGUGUGUGUGUGUGUGUGUGUGUGUGUGUUGAGAUGGUUCAGUGUUUGGAGUGAGUGUUUGGGUGUGAGAAUGUGUGACAGUGAAUGUGUGAGCAUGACAGCACACAAGCACUUCUGUAUGAGCAGCACUGGGACCAGGAGAGAAGUUUCUCAGUUAGCUCAGCAGCCAGAAAGCAGACAAACUGAUAAUAAAGGUAACACCUGAACGGUAUGUUUCUUUUUCUCAGAAGAAAACAACAUGCUGGAGUUUAUUUUUAAAUAUCAGCUCUUAUCAAACAUAUCAAUUCACAAGACAGACUGCUCAGAACAACUGGUUUAAGAAAGUUAAAUCUGGAAUUAGCUUUUAAAAAAAAAAACAAAAAAAACACCAAGUUGAGGUUUAGAACCGAUGAAAGAUUAACAAAAAGGCUGAAAAUAACAUUUCUGCUACAGUUAUCUUGUCUCUAACAUUUGUCUUUUUUUACUGUGAAUUACUGGUUAGAUUUACACUUUGGGUGUCUAAAAUAUAUUCAAAUUACACAGAAAAAAAGAAAAAAAAUCUAAUUCUCGAUAACAACUGGGUGAUGAGGUUGUUUCUAUCAGACGGUUUGUUUUAAUGGCAGCCACACACUGUUAGUUUAGUCUAUGCAUUUCUCCAUUAGGUCUGUUUUCUACAGCCUAUACCUCAGUGGAGCUGGUUUUCAUUUUGAAGUGAAGCGUCGAUACUUCCAACAUCUUUUAGCAGCGUUACAAAAGUGACUUCUGAGCAGUGACUUUUAAAUUAGAGCCCUAAGUAGAGCUUGUUGUUUACACAGCCAUUAGAUAAAGUAAUUUGCAGCCCUCACUGCGCCUUCAGCAACUAACAGACCUUUCAUUAAAGGACCAAGUCAGCGUAUGAUAUUAACCGAAGCCACCGGUCACAUGCUGGUAAACUCUGACACUAAAUCUGCUGCUUUUGCCGGCCAGACGUAGAGCAGAGAUCCAUUUAAAACCAUACAAAGAGAAAAUGGGCAGUUUGUCACUGAUUAUACAUACUAAACAUAUUCCUAACUUCCUUUUUGGAUACAUACUUUUAAAC